UGGUGCCUGGCAGCAUGAGGAUUGCCCAGCCAGAGGACAUGGUGUCUGCAACCCCUACUGAGGGGCACAGGCUGGCUUGGCCACUAACAGAUGGACCUGGCAAGAGCCCACUAGGGGUCCUCAGUACCCCAGAGCCACUUCUUCGACUGCAGAGGACACAGAGGGUGUGGCAGGUCCCAGAGUUGGAUGCUCAGCAUGCCAAGGCUUUUCUGGAGCUGUGGCCACUGGGGAGUUUCCUGGUCAUAGGACACGAUCCUAGGCAGGUCCUGAUGCUGAAGACAGGACCUUCAUCAGGAGACGUCAACACCUAUCAAAUUCACAAGCUGUCUGGAGGUGUGUCCCUGGAGUCCUCCAACCUCUGCAUGCCAGACUGUCCCCAUCUCUUGGCCUUCCUGUCAGCCAGCAGGGAUGUUUUGCCAAGGACACUGCUCUUGCCCACUCCAGCUGUAGGGCCUGGGGACAAGGACUCAGAUCCUCUGCGACUUGGCUGCAUCCAGGUCAGCACCUCGGGGAGGGUGCUGUCUGUAGUGAACCAGCUCUACCUGAAGACGCAUGGAGGCUGGGGCGCAGAGCAGACUCCACAGCAGACAGAGCCAGAGACUGACCAGAAAUACAGUCUAGCCCCUAGGAAGCCCACCCCACAUCGCGUCUCAUGGGUGGAAGAGCCACCGAAACCGGAAGUGCAUCAUGCUGGACCAGACGUUCAUCACCUGGAACCCGAAGUGUCCCUUCCUGGAGCAGAUGUACACUCGCCCAGGCCUGCUCUAGACAGUGUGGUGGAAGAGAAGGAGGAAGUGAGCUGUAAAGAUGAAGAGGAAGGUCGCGAGGACCUGCUCACUGCCCACAUCAGCGCUCUGGCCAGGGCCCGGAGCAGCUAUGUAGCCAAGCAGUACCGAUACCUUCGGGCACGCCUCACAUCAAAUUCUGGAAAUCCUUACAGGCCUGGGGAUCCGGCCACGGAGCUGCUUCAGGAUGUGCGCCAGCUCCUCACUGAUCUCCAGAAUUACCUGGCAAAGGAUCCCGACGUCAGAGCUGUCUUUGGGAACAGGGAACCUAGGGUCCCUGGGGACAAGGAUCUUGGCCCCGCUGUGGAAGUAGCCCUGUGUCGGGCGGUUCUGGAGCCCCUGAAGCCGGCCCUGUGGACCAAACUCCGAACUCUCAGAGCCCAGGAACUGCGGCUACUGCGCCGGCGCCAAACAGCCUUGAGGGCAGGGGCGGGGCCCGAGGGACAGAGCCCUGUCCCAGCCUUGCGGAGCCAGAUCCACGCGCGCCUCGCGCAUCUGCACGCCGCAUGCGCCCCGCGCCGCAAGGUGGCACUGCUGCUGGCGGUGUGCAAUGACGUCUACGCGGGCCUGGCUGGUGGCGAGAAUCAAGAGCCCCUAGGGGCCGACGCCUUUUUGCCAGCCCUGACCGAGGAGCUGAUCUGGAGUCCACAUAUAGGGGAGACGCAGCUGGAUGUGGAGUUUCUUAUGGAGCUCUUGGAUCCAGAGGAACUGCGGGGAGAAGCUGGCUAUUAUCUUACUACGUGGUUUGGGGCUCUCUAUCACAUUGCUCACUACCAGCCCGACGCUGGCCGUGCACCCCAGGAUCUCAGUUCCGAGGCCCGAGCCUCCCUGCGCCAGUGGCACCGGAGGCGGACACUGCACCAGCAAGCCCAGCCCACAGCCCAGGCUGGCCUGCCCUUUGAGGAGCCAUGGGCCAUAGGGGACCAAUGAUGGUUGGGUCCUCCAACCCCAGUCAACUCUGGGCCUUUUGGCCCACUUCCCUGCUAAGAGAGAUGCUGGAGGCAUCUGGGGCAGCGCGGAGGGUGGGGCAGGAAAGGGGAUGUGCCUUUUGCACUGGCUGUUCCCAGUUAAUAUCAGCCCUUCCCUAAAAUCCACAGCACUCCUCCCUCCCCUCCUGGUCUGCCCCCAUGUCGCCUCAUUGAGAGUCUCCCCAGCAAAUACAAAUCCCCAAACAGUACUAAAACUACAACCCCUCGCCUGACCAUCUUUGGGGCAGGCAGAAUAAAAGCACAGUCUCCCAAAGGUAUCCACGUGUGGAUCCUGUCUGUGACUAUGGCACUUCACCUGGUCAAGAGAGCUUUACAGAAAGGACGGCAUGUCUGGACCUGAGGUGGGAGCUUAUUCUGGAUUCUUCUGGAGAAGUGUGGAGAGGUGUGGG